AGGUGGAAGCUGCAUUGGAUAGCUGCGUUUCCUGUGUUUUCUGUUUGGAGCAAUGUCAUUAUAUCAGCUUAUUCUAGCAUGUAGCAUCUUGGGAGUUGGAGUAUUUCCAAUACCCAUACCUCAAUUUUUUGGGCAAUUUAAUCCGUUUCCUCCAGGUUUUAAUCCGUUUCCUCCAGGUUUUAAUCCGUUUCCUCCAGGCAAUAACCCAUUUCAAUCGCCAGGACUUAGGAUCAACCAUUUAGUUCCACCAGCACCUCAAGUUUUUCAUUUCCAUCAAACAUUUUACCCAGAUGGACAUGGCGGGUAUUACGAAGCUCAUCCACAGGAUACCGGUUUCUUCAACCCAGCGAAAGACAUUCUUAAAUCCUUGCUUCCACAAAAGUCUACAACUCCUGGUUAG